CAGCGCAGCUGCAUGUAACGCGCAACAUGCACUGAUGCAGCGCUGAAGAGGAAUUCUCACGGCUCGGGAUGACUAUCCUCCCUGUAUCUGUGGAUUCAACAAUGGGCUGCAUGUCUGUACUAAAGCUGCAUUUCCUGACGGGAUCUUUGACUAUUUUCCAUAUCGUGUUUCUGUGAAAUUACGGGUAAAAUUCUCCAGACAGAGCCGCCGAUCGAGUCUCUUGUUUGAGUCAACGCCUGAACAGCUGAGAACGGAAAACACCGCGAACCAACACGUUCAUUGCCGUAUGCAUAUGAUACCGGUCUUUGGCUCUUCAACAGCAAGAUGACAGCGGCGAACAUACCGGUGCCUGUGUUGGAGCGAAUAUUUUCCUACCUGGAUUUAGCGGAAUUACUCUGUUGUUCACUUGUUUGCAAGGCUUGGUACGAUUGCCUUUAUGAUGAAAACAGCCCUGUGUGGAAAGUGCAAUGCCUGCGGAAACUCGCUAAGGACGCUGCCAACGGCAAACUGCUGCAGCAUCUCCCCUCGUACAAGGCGAGGCUGCGGGCCUUCCACCAUGCAUUCAAUCCCAAUGACUGCUCCCGAAACAUUUACAUCCGACCAAACGGGUUUACACUGCACAGGAACCCGGUGGCACAGAGCACAGAUGGUGCUCGGGGUAAGAAGGGCUUCAAUGAGGGGAGACAUGCUUGGGAAGUUUGGUGGGAAGGACCCCUAGGAACUGUAGCCGUUGUGGGUAUAGCCACGAAACAUGCGGCAAUGCAGUGUCAAGGAUAUGUAGCACUUCUCGGGAAUAACGACCAGAGCUGGGGCUGGAAUUUGGUCGAUAAUCUUCUUAUUCACAACGGGGAUCACCAAGGCAACUUCCCGAAUUGCAAUAAUGCACCCAAAUAUGAGGUCGGGGAGAAAAUCCGAGUCAUUCUGGACUGUGAGGACAACUACCUCGCGUUCGAACGCGGCUACGAGUUCUUGGGCGUGGCAUUCAGGGGUCUACCCAACGAGAAGCUCUAUCCGUCUAUCUCAGCCGUCUAUGGCAACACCGAGGUCACGAUGGUCUAUCUCGGAGAGCCGCUGGAUGGAUGACCCUGACUUCUCCAUCUUGCCAUGUUUCAUGAGGACACUCUAACAUAGCAACAUAGCUAGCCUACAACCAUGUAUAUAACAAUAUACACUAUAGAUUUCUAUAUCAGUGUGUGAUUGAGGAUGACUGGCCAUUUUUUUCAGAUGGGGAGUUGGUUAUUUGCUGGAAAGAGAAUCGGAGGUGACGUUAUUAACACACAAGGUAGCAACCAUAUAAACAAUUCAGGGAAUUAUUGAAAGUUGCCUAUACUGUAGACUUGUUCUUCAGUUUCAUUUCAUAGCUGAUUAGUGAGAGAAGACUAUAUUAGACUAACUUUAGAGGGAAAUUAGUCGUGUGAGAUUCGGCGUGGGUCCUAUCAGUGGUCGAGUUGCGAGACUAUCUUGAAGAUUACCUUGAAAUCUUCAUUAUUUCAUCAUUAUUUCAUCGUUAUUUCAAUAUUUUUUUUUAUCAAGAAAGUUAGAAAGGUAACUUGUAUUUUGUCCUUCUGUGUCGAUGUCCACUCACUAUUUACUGCACAUCUAAAUUAGUUUGAUUAACUGAUUAAAGACAGGGUAUUCAUCUGAUGCUGUACUUCAGAUUUACAUACUGCCCUCUAUUGGUCAAAAUACACCAAUGUGCCAAUGACUAUGCAUACCACCAUGCACAAACGCAAAGCACAGCCUCACAUGUAAUGAUACAUUUGUAUACCUAAGGAGGGGGAUACAUAAAUGUCUCAAGAUAUUACCUCUGUGUAGAUGUAAUCUUCAUCUGCAAAGGGUACCAAAGUGGAAUAGACACCGGAUCUUCGCUUCGGAUGUUUUCCAGAAAAUUAAUGUAAUGAAUGAUGUACAGUGGUUGAUUUUGGGUUGCCAUUGGGGCAAGUGAAAUGGACCCUAGAAAUAAAAUUAUGUAACCGACGGCCCAUUCGAAUUUCUAUUUUUUAGAGGGUUGUUGAUGGAAAGGUCAUGGUGUUAUAGUGGUUGUGACCUGUGCCUCUUUAGGGUCAUUGGUUCAAAUGCUACCCCAAGAUUUGAUUUUCCUCAGCAAGAAAUCCAUCCACAUUGUGCUGCAUUCAACCCAGGUGGGGUAAAUAGGAAUGUGGUAGAACUUUUAAAAAGUUCCCUAAUUGAAUAAGGCAGGAUGGUAUAAUCUAUCCAUUCACUGAUGGAGUGGUCAAUAUAUUUCACUAUAUGCCCAACAUAUGGACCAUUUAUAUCACAGGCUUGAUUCUUCAAACAUGUGGGAAAUAGUUAUUUUGUCAGGAGUCUAGGUAGUCUUUUUUUAGAGAUGACAAAACUGUUGUGCAUAUUUCUUUGUCACAACUUUGCUGCAACUUGUGACAGCUGCUUCAGAUGUACAUGUAGAUUUGAUACAUUGUGCAUUGACUUCAAGAUGCUACCAUCUUGGAGAUCAGUGCCAUUGCCCUGCUAAUUGCUUUGAUCAUCUGCAGCUGGCGCAUCUCUGACAACUCCUUUUAUGCAUAUACCUACAUGUAUAUCCUCUGAGGGAGGGCGCUACUAGAUUAUGACGACACAUGCAUGAGGUAUAUAAUAAAAAGUUUUUUGUUUUCAUUUGAUGGUUCUGGAAAAAAAUGGUUCUAAGAAAAAAACAUUUUGUCCUGAAAAAUGUUCUUGAUAGCAAAAACUAGCAACAUUUUUUAAAUUGAGCAGCUCAUAAAUUCAAGUGUUUUCAAAUAUACAUAGAAAUAAGUUUUGAAGGGAACCUCCCAUGAUCUCAUAUAAUAGUCUACAACCAGUUCACCAUUUGGUCUAAAUGCAUUUACACAAUCUACAAUUUUGGUCUAAUUUCCAGUAAUAGGCUAUGAACCGUCUAUUAUGCCAAAUUUUCAUUCAUUAACCAAAGUGCAAAAUAUUUAGAUGAAUUGGAAAGUAGAGAUGAUGUAUCUACUUGUAGUCAUUAGACUGAAUGAGAUUUUAAGUUGGCAUUGGACAAAGUGCAGUGUAGACCAAAUGGCAAUUAGACCAAGUUGUGGAAGACCAAACAUUUUUAGGCAUGUGGGU